AUGUGAACAUGCAAAAGCUGCAGAGGAAAGAAAAAGUGAAGAAUAAUCUAUUCACAAAACCACAUUGAGCACACUACACUAUUCACAAAACCACAAAGAAGAAGAAGAACAAAACUCUUCAAUUUCAAAUUCCCAUUUCCACAUUUCAUUUCAAUAGAUGGAUAUAUCUCAACCAACAAGACGCAGACGCUCUCAGCCGUCGGAUCCACCGGCACGAUCAUCUUCAUCUUACUCGAAGCUCGACAAAGCAUCGAAAUCGGACGGUAAAGAUGAAGGGUUAAAAUGGGCAUUACCGUUUUUUGCUUUGGGAAUUUUGAGAUAUAUGAGUGCUACUUCGAAUAUUAUUCAUGAUUGUGAUGAGGUUUUUAAUUAUUGGGAACCGCUUCAUUUUCUUCUUUACAAAACUGGGUUUCAAACUUGGGAAUAUAGUUCACAGUUUGCUCUUCGGUCGUAUUUGUACCUUUUAUUUCAUGAAAUUGUGGCUCGACCAGCUUUGUGGGUGUUUGGUGAUGAUAAAGUGAGAGUGUUCUAUGCUGUGAGAUUCUUUCUUGGUUUUCUGUCCGUUGUCACCGAGACUGUUCUUGUGGUAGCUAUUUCAAGAAAGUAUGGAAAACGACUUGCUUGUUAUACACUUGCUAUGCUGUGCUUAGCCAGCGGCUGUUUCUUUGCUAGCACAAGUUUCUUGCCAAGUUCAUUUUCCAUGUAUGCAAUCUCUCUUGCCUCGGGUUUAUUUCUGCUUGAUAAACAUGCUGCGGCAGUUGCUGUUUCUGCUAUUGGUGUGAUACUUGGCUGGCCAUUCUCAAUCUUGGCUUUUCUUCCAGUGACACUUUAUUCUUUAUAUAUAAAAUUCAAACAGGCAUUUAUUGGUGGGGCUGUCACAUCAGCAAUUCUUCUUGCAUUGUCAGUCGUUACUGACUAUAACUAUUAUGGAAAAUGGACUUCAUCAGUCUUGAAUCUUCUAAUAUACAACGUAGCUGGAGGCGGUGAAAGUCAUCUGUAUGGGACCGAAGGACCUCUCUUUUAUCUGAAGAAUGGAUUUAACAAUUUCAACUUUUGUUUUGUUCUUGCUAUGCUGUUCUUGGGAAUUUUGCCUAUUGCUAAGAAGAAAUAUGCGCCAGACCUGCUUAUUGUGAUCUCUCCUUUAUACAUUUGGCUGGGUUUUAUGUCUUUGCAGCCACAUAAAGAAGAAAGGUUCCUCUAUCCAGUAUAUCCACUUAUUUGUGUUGCUGCUUCUGCUGUCAUUGAGAGCUUCCCUGACCUUUUCCGUGACAAGUAUGAUUCAUCUGACAAUUCUUUAAUAGUGAAGGUAGCCAAAUUUCUGAGGCCGGUGGUUCUUAGCAUUAUAUUAUAUUCCUCUCAUGCUCGUACAUUUUCUCUGAUUCAUGGUUACCAAGCUCCUAUUGAGAUUUACAAGAUUUUAGAGCACCACGACGAUGUAGCAAAUGGUUCUGUACUUUGUGUUGGGAGUGAAUGGCAUCGUUACCCAUCGUCAUUUUUCGUCCCAGAUUUUGUGGGACAAGUUCGAUGGAUUGAUGAUGGUUUUGGAGGUCUUCUUCCCUUCCAAUUUAAUUCUACCCUAGGUGGGACUGCGGCAGCACCACCAUACUUUAAUAACAAGAACAUGGCAUCAGAAGAGCAAUAUCUACAUGAUAUCGAUGCCUGCACUUUCCUCGUUGAGCUACAGCUAAAGCGGCCUUACCUGACCCGUGGAAGCGACUUAUCAACAUGGGAGGCUAUUGCUGCAUUACCAUAUCUGGAUAGGGAGCUUUCACCAGCUUUGUAUAGGUCAUUUUUCAUCCCUUACCUCUGGCAAGAAAAGAAUGUUUUUGGCAUGUAUAAACUGCUCAGAAGAAUACCGAAAUGAUUCUAUUUAACCGGCAAAGGAGUGUCUGGAUAGUCCUUGAUUAUGGUGGUGGGAUUUACAUGAAAAAAAAAAACAAUUUUGUUAGACACUGAUCUUUUAGGAUUUUUCCCAUCUGUCGAGUAUUUUGAUUUAGUUCUAGUCUUCUCUUAAAUUUCUACAAUGUUGGAUGCUGAAAUAUACUUUCUCCCACUGAAACAUUCAUUUUAUUAAUCUUGUACAGUUGAAUUCUAAUGUUUAUGCAAUUAGUACCACCUGAUUAUAGCAA